GGUUCGUUGGUCCCGGACUGUCAAUGAUUACAACUGAAGUAGUCUUACACCCACAAUAUGAAAACGACUAUUCAACCCAUAAAACUUGCCGAUCAUAGUUAUGAGGGUGAAGUUUUGGUGAAUAGAAACGCUAACGUAAUUGGUUGGGGAAAAGAUAAUAUCACUAGUAGUGGUACAACAAAUCUUAAAUAUGCUACAUUGCCGAUCAUGUCAAAUGAAGAGUGCGACCAAUAUUGGAAAAUCACCGAUAAGCACAUUUGCAUGACUCCAGGAUUAGAACAAGAUGCUUGUCACGUAAAGUUAUAAACAAUAAUUAUAAUAAAAUAUUACAGGUUUAGAACAUAUUCGAACACAAAUGCGAGCGAAUAAAUCUUCUUUUUUCAAUUUUAAUAAGUUCUAAGGUACUUUUUCAUAAAUACAUAUAUGAUCUGUUGAUUUAUAAUUAUGCUGCAUUUAGGGCGACAGCGGGGGUCCUCUGACAAUAACGGAGAAUGGCCAGGAUAUUCAAGUCGGUAUAGUAAGUUUUGGAGAUGUAUAUUGUCCUAGCACUUUUCCUAAAGUAUUUACAAGAGUUACUGCAUUUACGGAUUGGAU